AUGGCGAAGCGCGGUGGGAUCGUUGUAGAGGUGCCGCUCUCCAGCUUCGGCGUGCUGGUGGCGCAGCUUGAGUCGAUUGCGGCCUCGGCGCGACAGCAGCCCCCGGAUGCCCUCCUCUGCUUUGAUCUUCUGUCCGAGCUCGUGUCCGCCAUCGAGGAGGAGCCCAAGGCACGAAACCCUCGCCAUUCCUCUCUCUCUCUCUCUCUCUCUCUUUCUCUCUCUCUAUCUGCCCACCUUCAUCCCUUAGUAGUUCUUUCUUGCUUAAAAUCUGGCAUUCUGUUUGCGGCGUUCUUCGUUUACUACAUGCCUUGAGUACGUAAUGGGGGAGGUGAUCUUCGCGCAUGGUUUCUAUCUCCUCGAUGCGUGUUGUGUGGUCGUGAAUUGUAGUGCAGUAGUUGGGUGUCAGGACCUUGAAAGAUUUAACGUUUCUUUAUUUUCCCUUUUUUGGAUUGCUUGCCGCAUCGUUGUGAUAUGUAUCGAAAGUUUUCAGACUCUGAAUGCUCCAAUUCUGAAACUCAACCCCUGUUGCAGGAGGCAAUUGUCCCGUGGCAGCGGAAAUGUGAGGAUGCUCUGUAUUCGUUACUGGUUAUGGGGGCUCGGCGACCUGUCAGGCGUCUGGCAUCAUUGGCCAUGGCAAGAGUCAUUGCUAAGGGUGAUAGUAUUUCUAUAUACUCAAGGGUGAGCAGCCUCCAGGGAUGGCUGGCGGAGGGCAAGAGAAGCGAGCCACUGUCUUGUGCAGGUUUGCACAUACCUAGAUUUUCUGUCUAUAGCUCGUUGUGAAGAUUUUUGUAUUUCUUGAGAUCCCUUGCAAGGUCGUGGGAUUUUAUCUUUUUUUGGCUCUCUGUAUCAAUGAAGGAGCUUCAGAACGAUUGUAAGGUUCAUCUUUUUUCAAUAAUGGAAACGGAAGAACUAAUCAACUUGAUGUAUGCAUGUUGGUAGGGUCUUCUUUUCGUAGAACUGGAAAAAAUUCAUCACGAAAGUAACUAUCAGGAAGAGGAGGGUGUUUAGAAAUUGAAAACAUUGCGUUGGUACUAAUUGUCAGUUUUGGGUUGAGGGCGAAUCAAAAUAUUGUAGGCUGUGGGCCGGACAUGCUUGAGGGAUCAGAGCAAAAAGGUGAGGGGUUGAAAAAAAAGAUAUCAUAGGUAAACAUUGGUGCAUUGGAUGCCAAUCAUCUCGAACGUACAUUGAAAGAAUGCAUUCUGUUAUGGAAAUCAGGUGAUUCUGUCAUCUAUAAGGAUACAAUAAUGAAAUAAGGCUCAUUAUCAUGAACUAAACUUUUAAUGGAGUUAAAGCCAAGGGCCCUGUUUUCUAUACCAGAAAAAGAACCUUCAGGUGGGUUCAGGAUUUAUUACGAAUGAUAGAUUAUAUUACACCGAUAUGAAUCAUUUUUAUUUCGAAUCAAAUACUCAUUAACCUUGAAAACAUAAAUGAAAUGAUGGAGUGUUUUUUGAAAGGAAAUAAGAAAGGUCAAUCUUUGAAUUUUUUUAUCAUUUAACUAUUCGAGUUGGUGCAUUCCAUGAUUUAAACUAUAACUCUGUGACAAUAAAAUCAAUCAAUGAUGUGACAUACAUGUUGGGAAAUAAUGCCCUAUGGGGAUUGGGCACUUAGGUUGCUGUAGGAAAAACUCACUAUGAGGACCCAAUAUUAUAUUUCGAAUUCAGCUUUAGCUUUUGUGUACCUUGGAAAUGAUCAUCAUUCGAUCCAUCAACCUUUGGUCAUUUCAUCUCUACGUGAAGACAUUUUGAGUGCUUUAGCACUUAAAUAGAAGGUUUCUCUCUUGUUUUAGCCUCUGUGCUGGCUAUCUGACUUUGUUUUUAGAAGUUUGAUGGAUGGUGGUGCACUAUUUUCACCACUCCCACUUUGUUUUAGUGCUCCUUGGCAUGAGUUAUCAACUACGGUGUUGCAGAACCUAAAUGUCCCAUCCAUGCAUUAUUAAAAAUGACGUUCCAUUAUAAUUAUAACACACUAUUCCUAAGGUUGAAGUGUUGAAUCUUAAUUGCAUCAUUUUUUUUCGAGUUAAAAAUUCUGGCCAGAACAAGAGAGAUCCCGCAUAUUUGUCCACAAAUGAGGCACGCUGAGACACAAAUAUGCAUCUACUCUCAAAACUGUCCAGUCCUUACCAACUACUCUCAGACUUGACUUUCCAUCCUUCAUGGAUGUUUUUGUAGAUGGGGAAUCUAAGCCACUGACUACUGAUCUGGGACGAGAGUUGUUUGUUGAACAUAAUCUAUUAGUAGUUGUCUUUUCUUCGUACUGAGAGCACAGAGGAUUAUUUUCCCUGAUGAGUGAAUUCUUCUAGUCAUAAAGAUAGUUAUCUUGACAUUGUAUCUAUCUUAUAUGGUUAACAAAUUUUAUAUUGCGUUGGAGAUUCAUAUUUGAAGGUACUUCCUCAAGUUUGGUAUCAGGAUCUAGUUGCGAUUUCUUGAUGUGACACUGAGCUAUGAGCUUCCCAAUUAGCAGCUUCUCGACAAAGUGAAAUCUAUUCGUGCUUACUUCAUGUCUAUGCUCAUGUUAAAUAUCCAAUCUUCAAGUAAUCAAUAUUUGAAAAAAACAAUGUUGUGCGCUAGAAAAUUUAGUUUUUAAUUGUUGCGCACUGUUGUCUUAUUUAACUGUUUAUGGAAUAUAUAUUUACUAAACCCAUGAAUGCAUGGAUAAAUUUGAAGAUCAUAUGAACUCCAUUAUUUGAGGGUAGUGGAAGAUACUUCAAUUUUAUAAAACCUUGGACAUGAUUUUUGAGAAUAGAUGUUUUAGCUUAUUGAACAUAAGCAUAUUUGAUUUUUUAUGGUAGCUCCAUGUUUUAAUAUAAUGUCUAUCUGCAUGGUCACUUCAACGAAGCUUGCAGAAAUGCCAAUUAGACAUGCACAGUUUAACCUGUUGAAUAAAUUGAAUUACUUUUUCGUUGCCAAGUACCUCUAAAUGUUUACAGUUCCUGCCUACUUAAAUCCCUCUGUAAAUUUAUGGUUUUUUUAAAAUGUGAUUAACCGUCAAUAUUGUACAAAUAUUUAAUUUUUGCCUAAAAUAGUAUAUCUGUUGCUCCCAUUUUUUUUGAAUUACUUAAUUUGAUGGUAAUCUUCAGGUGCUGCUCAGUGCUUGGGAGAAUUAUACCGUGUAUUUGGCCGAAGAAUAACUUCAGGUCUGACAGAAACUUCCAACAUUGCAUCAAAAUUGAUGAGAUUCCAUGAGGUAUAUUUGCCACAAACCUAGUUAUAAAAAAUGGUUUCCGUAACUUCUAUUUACUUCAGCUUUUCAUUGUAGCAUUCGAUAUCUGUUUAAGGUCUUCUUGUCACGGUUUGGUAGUUUUAAGGGACAUGUCUAAGUGAAUUUUCUGCAAAUCUAGGUGGUACUACACCUAUUCUUCUGUCAGGUAGUUUGGUAACAUGUGCUUAGAUGAUCCACUGUCAGGAGACAUUGACAUGUCACCCAUUCUUUGUUAGGAGUUUUCCAACUUAAAUAUUUUUGCAAACCUCUUUCUUUAUACAUUCAUGAUUUUAUGGUGAGUUGAUAACGUGAUGCUCUCUUCAUGUUGUGCAGGAUUCUUACUAAACAUAAUGUAUCAUUCACUUAACCGAUUCAUAAUGUGAUGCUCUCUUCAUGUUGGACAGAAUUAUUGUUACACCAGCAUGUAUCAAUAAAUUAAGCAAUUGAUGGUAAGCCUUAUCUGAUCAAUGGCUUCAGAAGUGGUAUCCAUUGAAGACCGUGUGAUCUUAAAAUUUUAAUGACUGGUUAUCAACCUGAGAUAAACAUUUCUAUUCAUUCUGAGAAGAACUAUGCCUACUGGUGGACUUGAAGGUGUCACUCUUAAACUGCAAGAAAGUAGGGAAAUAUUAGUCGUUCAGGAAUGCAUUAGUGUUCAUAAAAUCUUAUUGUGCUGAGCAUUGAAGUUGUAUGAAUAUGAUACCUUCAAACAACUAGGAGUUGAAUCAGAUGUCCUGAAUUCCAUCAUAUAUGGAAUGAGACUGAUGAUUGAAAUGAGAAUCUGCAUCUAACGUUCAUAAAUAUGAAAGUAUUCCUGAUAUCCAGUGGAAGACAUUUUGUUCAGUUCCCCGAUUUAACCAAUCAAUUUUGAAACCAUUCAUAUAAGUGGCAUCCACUAGGCAUUUGGUAAGCUUUCAUUUUCUGGGACUAUUUAUCGGGCCCUAUAAUCAGGUAAUUGGGAACAGACAAGUAUAGGGGAAGCACCCUAUCAGGAGCACCCAAAGGUUUACACUGCAGUAAUUACCAGAAACAUGCCAUAAAAGUUUCGGAAUGAUUUACCUGCAGAAAUUUUGAUUAUUUAUUCCUAAUUCAUCCUGUUGAGUCCAAUGUUGGUUGCUGCUGUUGAGUGAGUACCAGUAAGAAGGGUGUUCACUGAUGAGGAAACCCAUCUGCUCUCAAGCUAUGUGAGUAGGGAAUGUGAUGUGAUUGGUUUUUAAGAUUUGCAUUUGGUCAAAUGUGUAAAAAUUUGCAAAGGUGGCAAAUAUCACAGCAUUCUUGAUUUUUCUUGGACUUUAUCUUAAGAAUCAUGGCACGAAGUUAGUCUUGGUUUCAACUAUGAGUGUAUAUAUCUUUAUUGACUGUGAUUCACUUGUUAGUUGGUUCCUUCACUAUUAAUUUUGCUACUCUUAGUCAAGCACAUGAUUAUCUGUAAUUGGCUGGUUUCUUGAUCAAGUGACUCUUCCUACAUUAUACUAAAUUACUGUAGACUGUUAAUUUUUUUCCUUGCUUUUAGUUUUUUUUUUGCGUAUUUUAUCAGAUAGUGUUGAUUUCAUUAUCAUAGUGAUUAAUAUUGCAGGAUUAUGUAAGGCAAGAUGCAUUAUUAAUGCUUCAGAAUGCACUGGAAGGAUCUGGUGGUAUUGGUGCUCCUAUGGCUUUUUCAGAAGCUUUCCGACUACUCACAAGAGUUGCUGGUAGUGACAAAGCAUAUAAUGUUAGACUAGCCGCGGCAAAAUGUUUAAAGACCUUUGCGAACAUACAGGGACCUGGACUGGGAGUGCCAGAACUGGAAAAUGCGGCUGUCUACUGCACCAAGGUCUGUAUUUCUUGAUUUUGAAAUUUUGAGUGUUUCUAUGUUCUAUUUCGCUUAACAAUCUUGUAUUAUUGCAUUUGGUUAGGGUCUGGAUGACCCCAUUUCAUCUGUGAGAGAUGCUUUUGCUGAAGCACUGGGAGCUUUUUUAGCCCUAGGGAUGAAUCUCGACGAACAGGCAUGCACUUUUAUAGAAAUGAAUGAAAUGGUUUGAAGGCCUUCCUAUUACCUUUGUAUAUUGGUCUUUUAAAAGCCUGUUCAUUUUUAAUUCUACUAGGUGGAACAAAAAGGGAGCUCUGGUCCAACAAGAAAGUUGGAAGGUGGCGUGGAGAAACACUUAAUGUUGCCAUUUGUGAGAGGUGAUGAAUUUGUAUGCAUAUGUAUAUCAUCUGUUCUGCUGUAGAGAUUCAUCUAUUAAUUUCCUUUCAGGAUGUCUGAAUUAUUAAGUUGCGUUAGAUUGUUAUAGAUUGAUGAAUUUCGUUUCAGGACGCUUGAACUAUUUUUUUUGCUUAUUGUUAGUGAUUGAGAAUUGAUCUUGAUUGAGUAUUCCUCUUGUAUGACGCUUCUUCUUGCACUAUCAACACCAAAGGUUUUCUUUGUUAUCCCACUUCUGGUAUAUUCCUUGUGAUGUAGUGAUUUGGUUUUGAUUUCCCUCCUUUUUCUCUAAUUGAUUCCCCUGAUCUUGCUUACUGGAGGCAAAGGUUGUUGACUCAUUCUUCCCAAUAUUGAUUAGACUUAAUCUACUCUCCUCUUCCAUAAUAAUCUAGAUAGCUUCAUCCAGAUCAGGUACCUUCUCAUGAUGGAGAAUUGACCUUUGAGGCUUUCAUAAUUAGAGUUCAGUCUCAUUAAAAAUGUAUACAUUCUAUGUUUCAAUGUACACAUGCGUUCCUCAGAAUUAGGAUUCUUUAUUGGCCAAUAAUGGUCAAUCUCCCUUCAUGUAGCCUUUAAUUCACAUGAAUAUUUCAUAAUUGAUUUAUUUCUUUGCACUAAAUGUGUUGCCCUAGACACCAGGCCGUAAAUCCUCCGAUCAUUAUGUUUCUUUGAACAACUUUUGUGAAUUUGAUCCCACAAUUCCUUCACCGAGUGCAUGAAUAGGAAAUUCUCAUACAUCUCUAGUGUUAUUGUACUUAGCAGCCUUGUAUGGAUAAUAACCACUUCUAAUUUUCAUUCUGUAUAUUUUGGAUCUGAUUGCUUCAAUAGUUCUUCUAUAAGGUGAUCCAUUAAGCCUUUUCCAAGAAGCGUUAGAUCAACAAAUUACUCCUAUUAAUGAAGAUUUAUCUCAUUGAAUCUAAGUUUCUUUGAGAUGUUUGGGAGAAUAUAAUAUAGUCUCUUCCUUUCUCCAGUCGUCACUGGAGAUGAUAUGAGUUCUAUGGAUGAUGAAGAGCCUUCGUCUGAAUGCAUUCUGAAAUUCUUUUUCCUUCAUACUUUUCAGAAUGCUUUAGUUCACUGCUUGCAGAAGGUUUCUUUCUUCCUUGGUGUUGCUCCAACACAAAAACAAGAAAAACAAGAUUCAAGGAACAAAAGACAAGAACUAUCUGAUCCUACCAGAAUCAGCACUACUCUGAUACCAUGUUGAGGAUUGAUCUUGAUUGAGAUUCUUACAACUUGGAGAACGAAAGGAUCUGAUUUCACGAUGCUCCUCUUCCAGGAAAAUGAAUCAGUCACCACUUCUUGGAGCAGAAUUUUCGCAAUCCCAAAAUCUUACAUCAAUUAUCUUGGUUUCCCGCUUAAGUACAGGUUACAUGAGUUAAUGGGCCAGGCCCAUUACAUUAGUCUUUAAGUGGAGCCGUUAACAGUCUAAUGGAUCCACUUAACAUAGGGAAUGACAGAGAAGGACGAAAAUACAAUGAAAAGAAACAGAUAGAAAGGAAAAACAAUCCUAGAGAGUUCAACAGUUAGUGCGUGUACAGAGUAUGUUUUAACUUAUGAGACCAAAACUUGAGAAGCCAUACCAACCCAAUGUGCAUCACAAAGAGGGGAAUGCUGGAUCCUCCAUGUAGCCAUUCCAACGUUCUUGUAGGUUCCUUUCCCUGACUGCAUUUCGCUAUAUUCUGAUCAUGGCACGAUCAGAGAGGGUUUUGAGUUCACCCUAGGCAUUGCAGAGAGGGUUUUGGGUUCACCCUACUGCUGUGUAUGAUCUGCCCUAAGCAAAGGCUCCUACUAUCUAUGGUCAAAUCUGUGUUGUUAGGAUGUUCAGUUGUGUUCUUUGACUGCACGAGGAUAUGUAUUCGAUUAAUUAUUGAGAAACAGCUCUAGAGGAGUGUGAAAAUAGAUUACUUUCAGUUGCCCAGCUUCCAAUUUAGUAACCUUGGUCCUCUCAGUCAAAGCUUUAGCUGUUGAGUUGGCAAUCUUGAUAUCCGACGUUAGAAAGAUGCUUCUUAUGGUAUGGGGACAACGUGGGUUAAGAAAAAAAUAAAUAAAUUUCAUUGGCUUUGUCCUGCUGUGGCCUCGAGGAAAAAGAAGUUUUCGUAGACAGGUUCAUGUGAUAUUUUCUGAUGUGGAGCCUGAUGUCAUUUGAAGUUAACGACUUGUUUGUGAUCUAAACAGCUUGUUUAGGUAAGCAGAAGAUUGAUGGUGCAGGUUACUUGUAGACAUUAGACAGGACAGUAAAAUGGUGGUUUGCAUAGGAGAAUGAAACAUAGACUCCGUUGCCGGAAAAACAUGAAGAAAAGGGAAAAAAAAGAGGCAUAAAGAAGGAAAUGCUAAUUAUGUGUGUGAUUGUGUUGAUGGAAAGUAAACAGAACCUGUUACUAUUGCUUCAUUAUAAAUAAAUGACAAAAAGAAGAGGCAACAGAGAGAGGGGCACACACGUGGAGACUGUCUCACAUCUUCGUCAAGUUUCGGUCAAAUGGAGAAAAAAAUGGAUUGGCUGAAACUAACCUUUCCUUCCAAAAUUCAAAAUAACAUGAUUAUAAGUAUUCUCAAAUAUUAAUCAUCCACGCAUGGCAAGCAGAAUGGAAAUUAUAAGAAAACCAAAACAUCAUAUACUCUCUAGUAGACAAUGCCAGGCAUCCAAAGAGAGCACACAAAGCUUUCUUCCUUUCAAAUUUAAAUCUGCAGUAUAUUGAUCUUUCUUUUCUUUGACGAAUUUUGUUUCUGGACAUAACUUUGGGUCUAGAUAUGGGGACAAAGACUCUGAAAAAUAUUUGAUUUCUGUGAUAGCUGAUCAUGGCUCUGUGCAUAACCUUCUCUGAAGCUGUUCCUUCCUUUGCCUAGUUGUGAAAUUAGUAGUGUAAUGAUUUUAUUUGUAUCAGGUUGGUAGUAAGAGUGAGUAGGUCCAGUGAUCGUAUAGAAGAAACGUACAAAUUAUGCCCAGUAAUAUAGGCCUAGUUGUUGCUGAUGUUAGUCUCUUUCUUCUUCUGCCUGAUGGAUACCUCCCCCCCCUCCCCCUCUUCCUCGUCUUUGCCUUCCGUACUUCUUUCUGUAUGUGGAAUCGGGAAUGCCUGUGGCUCUUGUUGUGUGAGGUUGGUCCGUGUCUGCCAGUAACUGGAUUUUACCUUCAGAAGGCAGAUGGUAUUCCUCACUGUUGAUUUGAAAGUGAGAUGGAAGUUACUAUUUUAAAAUAAAGCAUUAGUCUAGGCUGAUAUGAGAACUGUAACACUGAGUGAUGCAUGUUUCUUUAAAUGAGUUUUUAAUCCAGGAGAUUAGUGUUUCUCUAUGAUUUGGUAAGUUCUUCCUUCACUUGGCAUAUUUUGCUUAGCUGUGACAAGGUUUUCUAUUCUUUCAUCUGCAGCCAGUGGAGCUCGGGCAAAGGAUGUGCGUAUUGGUUUGACAUUGUCAUGGGUAUUCUUUCUACAGGUAAAUCACCGGUUCUUCAUUUUAACGUUUUCAAAUGUUGGAUUAUCUUUGAAGUUAUAAUUGUUAUUCUGCAGGUGAUUCAUCUCAAGUACCACCUUCCAGACAGUGAGCUACAGGAUUUUGCAUUGAAAGCAAUAAAAAUGCUUCAGCCUAACUCUUCAGUGAAUGCACAUGGAUUGGUAACAGUAUUUCUUAAUUUUGCCUUUUUCUUUCCUUUUUGUUCUUUUAUGAUAAUAUAUUGUUCAUCAAUGAAGUGACUAGAAUUAGUCAUCCUUGUAUUCUUCAGGAAAGGCAUUGAUGUAAGUCUAAUGGGAUGGUUCACAUCUGCCUGACAUAUGUGAAAUAAAACAUGUAACUAAUUACUGAUUGAAAUGCAUUGGAAAAGGUUGGCGUGAACUGUUUCUACGACUGGUUCUGUCUUUGACUAGUUCUGAAUGGAUGCAGACCCCCAUUGUCAUCUGAACCUCAUUUUGGUUGUUAACAUUGUGAUGUCACCUGAUCAUUUUCACUUCGUUGUGUCCCCUGGUUUUGUCCAACUUGUUUCGUUGAUUAUGCAAUGGUCUUGUUUACCAAUUGGCUGAACCAACAUUUGAUGAGCACAGAUAACUUGUUACCUGCCCCUGUGACAUCCAAAGGAAAAAGUUUCUAACUAUUGCUUAGAUUCAUGAGCCGAUGUAACUUGAAAACAAAUGUUUUACCCUCAGUAUGCCACCCUCUUGAAUCUUGAAAUAAUACUUAUGUGAUGAGUUAAUUUUAGGUCCUUGUACGCUGUAUGUUUCCACUCAACCAAUGAACACUGUUUUCAUGUGUAUGAAGGCAUGUGUUCUCUACAUACUCCGUGUUGGUGUGGCUGACCAGAUGACAGAGCCAACUCAGAGGAGCUUUUUGGUUCUUCUCUGCAGACAGGUUGGUUAUAUAUUCUGUAUUUUUGUAUAUAUUGGACUGUUUUUAUUUGUGAAAUUAAAAGGUUAUAUUUCUUGAUCCACUUCCUAUUUGUCUCUGUGCGUUAUGCAUAGACUGAAAUUAAUUACUCUGCUACUUUUUACAGCUGGAAUCUUCUGAUCUUAUCCCAUCCGUGGGUGUUGCUGUAUUGCGUAUGCUCUCAUAUCUUUUGACAACCCUGGGACAGGUGAGAUGGCAUCAAACCUUCGUAUGUAUUUUUUUUGUCUUCACUCACGUAUUGAUAGUGGAUACUCUUUACACUGUAAUACGACUAUCGUACUGUAUGAGUUCUUGCUGCAGAAUAUUUCUCCUUAAAGCUUACAAUUACGUAGGAAUUGGAUCUUCUGUGAGAUACUCUAGAGAAUGUCAGUGCAAAUUUGUUAUUAACUUAAAAUGCUGUCAUGGCGCAUAACAUAAAUUGGCUGAAAGUGACUAUUGACUGGCGUGAUUAUUCACAUGUUGUGCCGUUGCUCAAUGGUAUGAGGGUUGUAACUACUACUCUGUUGCCAAGUUUCAGCAGGAUGUCAAUUAUUUAUGGUACACAAGUAGGCUAUACAUGCAUAAUAAAAAUGAAAUGGCAUCUAAUCCGCAUAUACAUGUUUUCAACUAGAGCUAUCCUUUUCAUGAUCAAAUGGAAUUGGUUGGAUCUUGACUAUGACAAAUAAAUUCUUAAAUUUUUUGGAAUCAUGUUUCUUCUUGCUCUUCUGAAGUUGGUUGUCUUUUCGAAGGAUCUGGAAAAUUGAGACUGUGUGAUUGAGACUUCUGUUUCUCAUGGGUAUCCAGAUAGUGUCUGAGAGGAAAAGAAAGCACAGGAAUCUGCUUCCCAUAAUUUUGUUGACACGAGAAGGCUUGUGGUUGAGAACAAAAGAACUGUGGUUCCCUUGCUUCAUUUUCCUUUAGGAUUGCAUGGAUAAUUUUUUUUUAAUAACUAUCCCCUCCCUCUGUUGAUUCUAUUUGUAUCAAUAUCCAAUCUAAAAGCCAUUGCUUUAUCAUUUCUAUUUUUAUUUUAUAUAAUUCUAUUUGGAAUCUCGUGUGAAUAAGAUAUCAACUCACUAACUAACUUUGCCGUACUUUGUUCUAGUUGAUAUCCCAUAAGUAAUUUCAUCCUUCUUAAAAUAAAGAAAAACAAUAUGCAGCUUCGUGAAGUAAAAGUUGCAAAAGCCCAGUCAUGUCAUCCUCUGACUUUAAUGAAAUUUUCAAUGGUAGUUUAGUGAUUACUUUUUUAUUAUUGUUUGAAUUGUGAUGCUUAAUGUAGAUGAUGCUGUGUGACAGUUGUAUACGAUGCUCUGAAUUUUCACCCCCUUUCUAAUAUUUCUGCCGUCCGACUUACAGGUCCCACAAGACUUCAAGGAAAUCCUUGACAACACAGUUGUUGCUGCAUUAUCUCAUUCCUCAAUCCAUGUACGUUUUGAUCAUGUCAAAUAGUUUUGAUUAGCAUAUUAGUUAACCCAUAUUCCAGAUCAUAUGGUGACCAUUGUUUCUACGAUUAUUAAAAUAUUAUGUAACUUAUAUCAAUUUUUAAUUCUAUUCAUUUGAAACACAAACUUUUUCUAGAAUUUAAUACUCACAUUUUAUACUUUUCAUGUUUAUUAUUCAAUGAUAGUGUUUGUUGUUUCAUAACAUAUUUAUUAUUCUUUUGUUAAACCUUUUCAGGCAUUAAAUUAACAGGAAUUGAAAAACCUAGAUAUUCAUGACUAGUUGAUGAUUGCUUUUAUUUAUUUUUAAUGCUUUAGGUGGUCGUCUAUUGCUCAAUGUAAAUAUGUUCUCCACUGAUUCAUUCUCUUUCAUGUGAAAUUCUUUAUCAGAUGCGUGUAGAAGCCUCUAUGACAUUACGUACAUUGGCAGAGGUGGAUCCUACUUGUGUUGGUGGUCUAAUUUCCUAUGGUGUGACAACAUUGAAUGCUUUGAGAGAAAGCGCAUCAAUCGAAAAGGUGAUCAUGUGUUUCUCCUUUUAAAAGGAUUUUAUGUUUUAGCGGGUACCGAUAAUCAUUUGUGACUGUCACAUAAUUUAACUCCUUAUGGUCUCUCAUGUGAUAGUUUAUCUUUCGUAGUAUGGUGUUAGAGUUUUAAGAGGCCUCUUUCUUAAUCAUUAUAUGCAUCUUGGUUGUUACUGUAACGGUUAAUCUUCUCUUAGUAAAUUUGCGAUUUUUUUGUUGUUUCUUUAUAUUUUAUUUUCACCCAUUUAGUUUAAAGACUUAAACAUGGAAAACACUGUGCAUGUAGUUUCUGUAGAUCUGGGGAAAUCAGAUUUAAUGGUAGCAAGUUGCUGUCUGUUAGGGGUCUUUAUUUCAGAUAAAUGAGGCGUAAAGUUGAGACUUAGUUUUAGUGACAACAAGGAACAUAUAGUCUUUCUUGGGAACAAAGUCUGCUGUCUUUUAGAUGCUUUUCAGAUGAAUGAAGUGUAAAGUUUGGAUGUAGUUUAAUGACAGCUAGGAGCCUAUAGUCGUUCUUGGGAAGAAAAUAGGACAUUUGAGAACUAGCUCGCCCAUGGGAGAGUGCAUAAAGUGGGCACCAUAUAUCAGGAAUGGUUUAGAAUUUUCCCCUAUGUGACCUGCACAUUGUGGGUAUGCUUCUGACGAUAAUGGUCGUGAUUCAUAUGUGUAAACCAUGUUGCUCAUCUCAUUUAUGAUUCGUGAGACACCAUUCAUUUGGGCACAUGAGAUGUUUAACCAUGAUUAAGUAUACAUGAGGUGUAAACCAUUUAUGCAUCAGUCAUUAUACUUAAUGGUGCAUCCUUGAUCUACUUGUGAACAUAUUGAGUGUGAUCUGAUACAGCAAAAAAAUUGCCAGCCUGUAGUGAUCUGUAUCUACUGACUAAAGUAUUUGUGCAUACGUACUUGAUGGAAUCAGCUGAGAUUCGUUAUAAAUAACCAUGACUCUGUGGUUCCUAUUUAGUGAGUGAAUUGGGUGACAAUUUGUACAGUUCUGUUGUGAUGUCUGAUGGAAAGUGAGCAGAAGCAAGGUACACUUUAAUUACAAGUUGUGAGAAGAGUUUCACACAUGGAUUUUCAUCCAGUCUUCUGCUCUCAGGCAUGCAGAGUGGCAGUGAGGACAUUUGAGAACGGAGAAUUUAACGGUAAUUUGGUCAACAGAUGAAGGAAAAUGAUUGUGAACAGAUUAAUAACUGUGACUUGGGGAUGGAAAUGACAUCUUACCAAGCUAUUCAGGCAAUACAAAUGUAAUUGCCGUCGUAUGCUACAUUCAAUAACCCUUAAAAUUUGGCUUGUGUAAGGGGUUGAGGGUGUUCGGGGUCUUGAAACCUGCAACACAUCUUAGAUGCUGAUUCCUAGAGGGGUUUGAACAUUGUGCUGAAACAUUUAAACCUGUGUUUCCUGGUGUUAAGAGGGCACAGCAAGAGAUAGAGGAGGGAGGGAGAGAGAGUGUGGGGAGAGGGAGAAGGAGGGAGAGAGAGAGAGAGAGAGAGAUGGAUAAGAGGGGAUCCUACAAUUGUUGGUGGAUGGACAUCGGGAAUUUGACAAAUUUUGUCAGAAGUUACAUAACUGUGUAUUUUCGACGUAAUGCACUCUGGGACACAUUUCCAUAAAGGAUCCGAAUGAAACCAAAAUUCAUGUUUGGUUUUGAAUUAGAGACGUUACCUGCAAGAUUUUUUUAUGUUUAAAAUUUUCUUCAAGUCCAAAGGUUGACAUUUAUCCCUUAAUCAUGGAAGAACAGAGCCAGGUGAUGCCCAUGAAAAAUGGUUGUGGGGACAAGGGAUGAGUGGAAGGCUCGAUGCAUUAGGGUACAAAUUACCUUGUUGAGGAAGUUUUGCUGAAUGGCUGAGGCCCCUUGAGAAAUUUAAGAAGCAUGCACAAUCACAAUAACUCGGUGCUUAUUUUGUUGAUGGACUUUGCUAAAGGUAAUUCCUCAGUUUCAUGGGUAGGAAAUUACUCAGUAAAACAUUGUCAGCCGAUAACUAAUAAAUGCCUUGGAUUAUCUGAUUGACGAAUGAGUCAAUUGCUCACAAUGUUUUUCAUUGAGAAAUAAUUAAUUGCGCUAACCAUUUUAUGCAUUGCAAAUAUUGUUCUCCUUGCAGGGUCAUCGUUUGAAGUUUGAUCUUGAUUCCCUGCAUGGACAAGCUACUGUGUUAGCUGCACUUGUCUCAAUCUCUCCUAGAUUACGUCUUGGUUAUCCAGCACGGUAUGUAUCUGUUAAGAGUUUAAUAGCUGAUAUGCCUUGGAAAGUUUUCUUAUGGUAAUUUCUCUUCAGUUCUCUUGUAGCUUGCUCUCUACACAUUUUGUGGUAAUCAUCUUUAAUGCUACAUUCAAUAGUCUUUCUAGCAAGGCUGGUUACCACUGCUUAGUAGGUGCACGAAGAACUUUGUUCUUUGCAAAGGACACUUUUGAGUGAAUAUUUUGUAAGUCGCUGUUGUGAUCAGGUUAUGACAGUGGCCCUGAGGCACACAUGUGAAUUUGUCUGAGGGCAAUAAUACUUCAGUUUUGGUGACUCGUCCCUAGACUCCUGAGCCAGUUUUCAGACUUCAGUCACCUGGGGUUGACCCAGUUGGUGGCACAGUGAUCAAGUCAGCUGGAGAAGGAUUCUAGCUGUUUUAAAGAGGGAAUUGGAUCUGUACGAGCUGUACAGAGUCUUAAGCAACUCAUGCUUCCUUGCAUGCAAGCUCAAUUCAUAGUGGCACCAUUUGUUGCAGCUAUUGAAGGUACCAGAGCCUAGCUGUUAUAACAUUGCAGAAGAUGAAAUUGAGGAAGCUGGUGACCUUAGGUGGUGUUACGAGAUAUAGCAGAAGCAGGAAAGGAAAAACUGACUUAGCCCUUCUCAGGGCAGUACGCCAGUAUUUAUAUUGGCGUCUAAUAAACCUGUCCAGUAUUAUGGAAAGGUCUAAUAAUAGAAACACGAAAAAGGAAAUACAUCUAAUAAUAGGAAAGAAAGGAAAAAUAGAAGGAAAGCCUAAUAUAGCAAAAAACUUGUUCUGCGUAACAAGUGGCGUCAGUCAAUACUGUUUCUGCUGGCUGAUCCUGAUGCUCUUGUGGUGUCACAACUUGCCAUAAAGACUGUGGGUGAUGGAGACAUAACUUGGGGAGAAAUACAGCUAUGAGAAUGGGUCGAGAAGUAGGAUAUUGACAGAGCAUGACCAUCACCCACGCUGCAGUUUGCGAUUUUAUCUAUCUCUAGAGCUAGAUUUACGUUCAUAUUGAUCUGAUUUGUUGCUAACAAGUCUUGCUUUAAUGGAUCGUAUUAGUUGAUCCUACUUUUUUUUUUUGAGCCUGAAAACUGUGGAAAAAGUUUUAUAUCUUUGUUAUUUUCAAGAUAUAUUCUAUAAUUGAUUUCGUCUGUGUAAUAGUAAUUGAUAGGGCCUUGUUGAUAAGUGCUACAAGAUCUCAUGCAUUGGAACCCACCGUUAUGGACCUUUCUCUAAUAUGGCUCUACUUCGUAGAUAAGCCAAGUUUCAUAGUAUUUUGAAUAAUUUAAGACAAGAAGAACUUAAAGGAAAAGGAAUGAUAAAAAUGGAUGCAAGAUGUAGCAUCUUAGUUAUCUACAUGUGCUUUUAUUUUAUGGAGAGAUAAAUUUUCAAAUUUUCUGGAGAGUCAGGACUGCUGUGUUAUGCUAUAUAUGUCAUCCUUUCAGAAUCGACUUGGAUUAUAUUAUUUAUGUCAAAUGUUCUCUGGCUUUAUAUUAUUUGUCUGAUAACUACAGCAGACAACGUAUGUGUAGUUGACAAACAGAUUUUUCCUUUUUGUUCUUUUGGACUCCCAAUUCUAGACGUGGUUGCCUGCCCUGUUCGUUUUCCUAUGUACAAAUAAAAUCAGAAUAUAAUGCUUUCUUACUCUUCUAGAAGUUUCUGGAACAGCCGAUACAAUUUAAAAGGUGUUUUCAUAACAAAAGGAAUAAUUUUCCGUGUCUGCAGUUUGCCAAAAUCUGUAUUUGAAGUUUCAAAGAAAAUGCUGACUGAAAGUAGUCGGAAUCCUGUUGCUGCUACUGUUGAGAAAGAAGCAGGAUGGUUACUUUUGGCUUCUCUUAUAUCUAGCAUGACGAAAAAGGUACCCUCUCUCUGGAUCGUGUUUCAUUACUUAUUUUCUUUAUCCACUGCUCUCACCACAUCUUUUCAAUCUCGAUUUUGCAGGACCUUGAAGACCAAGUUUUUGAUAUUCUUUUACUUUGGGCAGGCCCUUUUGUGACCAAUAUUGAUGACUAUAUAAGUGAAAAACAAGAUUUGCUUUCAGAAAUGCGGUAAGAGUAGUUGCCUAUAUGAUCUAGUGUGAAAAAACUGUAGUUGUUUUGAUUUAUUCUCUGAUCAACGGUUUCUAGCUACACUGUCAUCAUUGUUAACGUUAAAAUUAUCCAUCCAAUUUGUGGUUUAAUAGUUCUUUAUAUUGAUCAAUGAUUUGGUAAAUGUUUCCUACUGCUUCCCUGGCUGUCAUUAUCCCUCCACGGCUGUGACAAGAUUGUGACAAAGGUAUUGUAGGCAGAUAAUUUCUAGAACUCCUGUGCAAAAAAGCUCGUGGGCCAUUUCUGUUUCACAAUCUGAGUUUGUGAAACCCAGCUAUUUCCUCGUAUUCCCUUAAACUUAGUUGAAGGGGGAAUACUUACAUUUAGCAAGGCUGUCUAACCUUCAGGGCGAUCCGCCUUCUUGAUUUAAACAGUAAGAAUUAUCCCUCUCAUAACUUCGUAAUGUAGAUUUGUUGUCCUUGGCUAGUGUACUCUUGUACUUCUUAAAUUGAAUAAAUAAAGUAUCUACUUGUAUCCAUGUAUGUAAAAACUGUAUACGUAAUAAAUAACUUUAAAUUAGUUUUCUGGAGAAAAUCAAUUCACAGUAGGUAAAAUUGAUGAUGCCAUGUUCUUGCUCGUUUUCUUUUUUGGCCAGCAUUGGAACACUAGGAGAUGCCAGAAUUAAGUCGAUGCUUGUUGAUGUGGAGAUGUUAAUUGGUCUCCAUCCAGUCCCUGAUUCUAGGUGGAUCUGAGUUUUGAUAAUGUUAGCCUGAAAGCUAAGAUCUUUUUUUCCUUGCCCCAUGUUUAUACAUGAGGUGGUCUCCCCGACUCCCCCUCCCCCACGCUCUCUCUCUCUCACUUCCUCACAUACACACUCAGACUCCAAGAUUUAUUAAAGAUACCAUGUCCAGAAAGGUUAUUUUAGAAAAAUACUUUAUCCAUAAUUAAAUAAUUUAAACAAAAAACGUCACUGUUUGAUUGCUAUAAAUAUUUUAUGAAAAAUUGUCUUCAAUAUGAAGUCAAAAUGACUAACAAUCUGAUUACAUUUUGUCACCAUAUCGUAGAGCAUCACAUUUCAAGUCAUUACGAACUCUUCUUUGUAGUUAGACGAUAUAUAGCAUUUUUAUUAUAAAUUUAAGGUUUCUCUACAGAUCUUACAUAAAUUAGACUGCAUAUAAACGUUGCAUUUAAUGUUAAUUAAGCAAAGGAAUAAAAGCAGUAUGAAUAAGAUUUCUUUUGGUAUGGUUUAUUUGCAUAUACAUGUUAUAAAUCUCGUUUGUUUUUCUUUUUGUCUCUGAGUACCUAACUGCUGACGUCACUUAAUAUCUACAUGCGUAGUGUGUUAUCUGCGGCAUUGGAAGCCCUCACUGCUUUCAUAAAGAAUUUUGUUUCGCCAAAGAUAAACACUAGCGACGGUGGAAUAUUCCUGCAGCCUGUUCUAGUGUACCUUGGUGGGUAAGUGUGCUUAAUUAAAUAAUGCCACAAACAUGCAUUUACAAAUGCGUAAAUCCAUUACUAUUGUGCACAAAUUCGUUCACAGGCAUGAGCACACAUGUCACACCUGAACGUGCAAGUUUCUCCCAAUGGCAUUUCGCUUUUUAUUUAUAAUCAUACAACUGAAUAUUUUACAUUAAGCAGAGCUUUAUCCUACAUACGACCUUUAAGAGCACGACAAGUUCAAAGCAUAAAGCAUUCAGUCGACAUGUUCACCCUUAGGACAUUAAUGGCGUACCAGUCUCUUCUGGAUCCUCUAACUUACAAAAAUGAUCAUCAGCAGAUUAUUGAGAUUUGUACCACUCCAUUCAGGUAAAAUAGUUGUUUGUUUGUCUUGAUAAAAUUUAAAUUUGCUUCUGGUUUAGGCAGAUAGAAGGUUCUUUGCUCCAAUGCUUCAGACUUUUCUGAUCCAUCUUGGUCAUACUUUCAUGCAUGUUUCUCCAUAGCAAUCCUUCUGGAUGUGAAGAAAGUUCUUGCCUGAGGUCGCUGUUGGACAAGAGAGAGGCAUUCUUAGGACCUUGGAUACCUGGAAGGUACCUUUUAUUUUUUUUAUUCAAGCCUCUUUUUUCUACUUAUCCUUGCUAUUUAAUGAUUUUUCCUUUUACUUAUAAGUUAUGAUUGCUUAGAGAUUUUUUGGAAGAUGAACUGAGGGCUUUUGAAGACGGGAAUGAUGGAGUGCUGCCAUGUUUAUGGGAAGACCAAAGUUCUAGUCUUCCUCAGGUAUAUAAUAUCUUAAUGAGGCAUCUCUGGAAGAUCAUGAUAUCUUCUCUGUUUGAAGUUCUUUUUUCUAAUAAUCGAUGUUUUUUCUAAAUAAGUAUUAGUGAUUGAUCUAAAAAUCUAUAGAACUAUGUUCUGAUCCAAGUUCACCAUCUUGGGGGCAUAUGCUAGGCGUUUGUGCUCUUGGGUUUCUCAUUGAUAAUAUACAUUUUGUGGGAGUAUUGCUCUGUUUUACUUUUCAUAGACAUGUAAGACUGAAAAUGAACUUGAACACUACUUGCAUCAUUGUAUCAUGCCUUACUUUUGGGGUCUUGCUGUGUAUCAUGGAUGCAUCAAUCCUCAGCGUUAAUUCCCUCUUCUGCCCUGUCGUGUUAUGUAAGACAUAUGGAGAUUAUCAAAAGCUCUAUUGAACGUGAGCACGCAUAAGUACUCCACCUUGUUUCAAGCAUGUUGAAAUGUAUCACACUAUCUAGCUGUGGAUUCUAUGCUCUUACAUUUUCAUAUAACUCGAUGUUUCAAUGUACAAACUCCAAACAUUAAUAAGCCUGGCCGACUUUAUUGAAGCAUUGCCUUUAUCUUAACGUGAAAAAUGCUUUGUCCACGGGGAUGUGUAUCUGUGGGCAUUCGGUAUGUGUCAUGCCCAAUAUAUUUUUAAAUAUUGUUUCUUAACAUUCAGCUGUUUUAGUUCUCAAUGUAAUUCCGGGAGAAACGACUUGAAAUUCCAUUGUUAAUUAUAAUAAAGUACUUAUCUAGUUCUAUAACUUUUUUCUGUAUUAUUUUUAUCUUUUGUUUUUUUCGACAUCAAAGUCAGAGAGUGCAGGAAAAAUGUUGGUGAAUCAGAUGCUCUUGUGCCUUGGUAGCAUAUUUGCAAGUCAGGUAAGUACAUGAGUAGGCAAUUUUCUAGGGUGUAUAUGUGAGGCUGGCAGAAGUGGCUGAUUAUAUUGACUGCGGUUCUGUGUUAUCCAGGACACUGGAGGGAAACUUCGCCUUCUGAAUGCCAUUGAUCAGUGUCUGAAAUCUGGAAGGAAGCAAUCCUGGCAUGGAGCUAAUGUCACCAAUACAUGUGUUGUGCUGCUUGUUGGAAUUAAGGUGCUUAUUUCCAUCAACAGGUGUCCCUGGAAAACAAUUUUUUGUUUUCUCUUUGCAUACUGUGCAUCAAUGAUUCUUAUUCUCUCUGGGCAGGCUGUGCUUGCUUCACGUGCACAAAUAUUAGACAAUCAAAUAUUAACUUCCAUACAGCACAUAUUUCAGGUAUUUUUCUUAUGUCUUAUAUAUUUUUACAUUGUCUUAUUAUUAUUAGGAAGAAUGUGUAUCUUAUGUUUUACUGUGUCUUUUGUAGAGCAUCCUUGCAGAAGGAGAGAUCUCGGCAGCACAGAGAAGAGCUUCCUCUGAAGGCUUGGGUCUAUUAGCUCGCCUGGGAAAUGAUUCCUUCACUGCAAGGAUGGUGCGUUUUAGUACUCCUACUAGAUUGUGGUCUCUCUUUCGUCCAAAAAAUGCAUGUGACAUCAACAAGUGUUGCUAACUGAGAAAUUCAGUGAAUUUUAGAUACUGUUGUGAACAGUGGUGGAAACCCAAGGAGGACAUGCAGAGGAAAAACUCAACUCGUAUUCACAUCAUAGAUGACUGUUAUAUACCAGGGCCACAACACACGGAAACUACAUAACAACUAGGAAGCCGACAAACUAUGAAACGAACCAAGAAACUAGUAAACGGCACAAUUAAGAACAAAACUCCUAAUUAUACAUUCUUUCUGACAGAUACCAUAUUGAUAUCCUUGAAAACAAUUUUGAUUCUCCAACCGAUAAGAUUAAUGAUUCUCUUAGAAUUCUUGUUGUCCUGAAGUAACAUUUAAAAAAUUGAAUCUAGAAAUCUUUUCAAAUCUAUGGAUUCUUGGGUGUAACUGCUGGGACAACCAUUUCAUCCGGAGAAGGGUCAAGUUUGGAAUGUUUUUUCAAUGAUAUAGUUUUGGUUCCCAAUGUCAGGUUUGGUACUAAUCCUUGAUUUCCUUGUUCCGAUUAAGCUAAAGAUCUCUUUUAGAUUUGCUAUUUAGGUCCAUUAUGUUGUUGAUUUCGAAGCUGUAAUAAUGGAGGUGGUCCAUUAAUCUAGAAAUGAUCAAUGAAGCUGUGCUUCAUGAUUUAUGCAUCAAUCUAGAAAUCUAGAAAUCUAGAAAUCUAGAAAUCUAGAAAUCUAGAAAUCUGAAGCUGUACAACAACAUCAGUAUUUAUGCAUCAAUCUAGAAAUCUUUUAGAUUUGCUAUUUAGGUCCAUGAUGUUGUUGGUAUAUCUGCAGUCAAAAGGCACCCCCUCCUUUGAACAUCAUCAGGCUGAACCUGAUGUGAUCCCUAUUUAUCUUUAGCAGGUGGAUUAAUCGGAAAGCCUGUCAUAUCUUUUAGCAACCAAAAAUGUAUCCAGCUUUCUUGGCAUGGAACCUGUCUGUUUUAGAUGGCAAUUAAUACUUCUGAUCACUCAAUUAAUAAACAAUGGGAAGUUCAACUGAUUGAGAAGUGUCGAAAUUCAUUUUCAACGUGACGAUUUGUCCUUCUAAUUCCCGUUCUUGGUAAACAAAUGAAACUAUAAAUUUUCCACUAAGAGAUUUCUAUAAACUCAGCAAGUUUCUUCUUUUUGGUUGAUUUUUUCUUGCUAUGAUUCAUCAGUUCUUAAUGAAAGGGAUACUAGCUAAUGAGUUUUGCUGAUCAGGCACGUUCCCUGUUAAGUGAUCUUACUGUGGCAAUAGACGCUAGUUAUGUGGGGUCUCUUGCCCUCUCAUUGGGUUGCAUUCAUCGCAGGUAAAUUUGAAACUUUGGUGCUAACUUUUUGCUUCGAAGUUAUACUCAGUAAAGUAUUCAAGUGUGUCAGGAUGUGGACUGUUUGUUUCGUUAUUGUCCCCUGUCUCAAGUUUUCUUGUUUCCCAGUUCUCGUAGAUCUAUUAUUUUUUUUGCUUACUGGUAGCGUCAAAACCAUACUUCAUGCUUGAGCAUGUUUUCCCAUAUCUUUACCUUUUUGAUGUCCUCCAUAAUUUGGUUACUUUGAAAAAUCGUUGACAAACAAUUUAAAGCAGUGACCACUCAGCUGAAAUUCUACAGGAACUGCCCAAAAUGAUUGAUGCAUAAGUCAAAGAAAAAAAUACUGUUGCCCUUGCACAGCAUUAUAUUUAUGACAGUUUUCUUCUUUUUACGCGAGUGGAUCUAGCUAGAGAUAGCAAGCUGAAUGUAUCUGGCCCUUCCGUUUCUGUGUGAAUAAUCCACUAGGAGGAGAAAAUGCAGGACUAAAUAAAACGAAAUAUGUUGUUCAGUGUUUGUGACAAAUCAGAUAUAUAAUAAAAGCGAACAGAACAAAUGGGAGGGACGUGAUACUGUGAAAUUUUCUUGAGCAGAGAAAACGAAUAGUAGGACUGAAGGAGAUGAGCAAUAUUGAUGGUCCUGAAAAAAAAGAAUAUAGCGAUAAAUGAAGAAAACCAAGUAGCAUCAUUGAAGAGCUUGUGAGCAGAAUAUUGCUAGUUUUUGGUGGCUUGUGCUGAUUAAGCGGUUUGAAACUUUGCAUGGCUUUACCCAUCUUAUGAUCUCUCCUUGGCAAAGGUGUUCUGCAGCGGGCUGCAUUUGUGCUGGCAUGAGUGUAACAAGUGUAAUGCCUUCCAGCUUGAAUUCUUUUAUAGCUUUCAGCCCAAUGUUGAUUACGAUGAUUGUAAGGAAAAUGGAUUUAGACGGCAGGAUUUCCUGGAUACAAUUUGAUUCUUAUGAUGCAUAUUUAAGCUUCUUCCAACAUUAGUAACCAAUUGACAGCGUCUGCUGAAAUCAAAGGACUGUCCUAAUCAUUGAUUAAAAAGAAACCUUGUAAGUUCCUGUGAGAUGAGAGGUAGCAACAAUUCGGAUACAGAAUUCACUAGACCACGUCUGGGUUAGAUGAUUAGUAACCCAGAAAAAACGAUGUCAGAAACUUCAUUUCUUUAGAGUUUAACAUGCGGAGCCAAAGUUGGACAUUAACGGAAGUGUACCUUGUUUGGAACGUUGCUUUUUUCAUGACAUUGAGGUGAUUGUUGAAUCUGUUCUAAUUCCAGAUGAUUAGAAGUUUCUCUCCUAUGGUAUGGACACGUGGGAAAACUGCGACCAUUAAGAGUUGUUCCAGUGCUCUUUUCAUUUAUAUUUGGUUAAUAACUAACUAUAGAGAUGUCUGUCAGAUGAAAAAUGCAAAAAAAAGAGUAUAGAAUGGAGAAAAGCAGUAGCUAGAGCAACAGAGUUGUUUAUCUUGAACGAGAUAUAAAUCGGGGUGGGAUAGUUAUUUUUUCUUGGAAAUUCGCAGUGCUAUCGGGUCAUUAAGUUUCAGAAAUAAGAGGACGAGGGCAGGCAUAGUUCUAUUGGUCUUAAAACUUCUCUUUGCAAAAUAUCUACAGUGUUACCAGGAUGGUGAAGGCUACAUUAAUCAUUAAUCCUCCUUAAAUCAAAUAGUCCAUUCAAUGUGGGGCAAUCCUAUCCUGCUACUUCAAUCUACACAAGUAUAGGGCGAUUGCCCUCUCUGUUAAGUAGUUUUGUCCUUUGAAUAUCUGAUUUUUCCUUUCUUACAGCUUGCCAUAAUUGUCAUAUAACAAACAAUAAUAGUCUUUUUCAAUAUGCCUAUCUUGAAUAUGAUAUCUUAAUUUCAUUCACUUUGCCAAUAUUACACAUUGUAAUUUGUGUGCAGUGCAGGAGGAAUGGCCUUGUCUUCCUUAGUCCCUGCGACUGUGAGCUCAAUAUCAUCGCUUGCUAGAUUUUCAAAUGUUGACAUACAAAGAUGGACCUUGCAUUCGCUUCUUUUGAUCAUUGAAGCUGCUGGACUGUCUUAUGUUUCUCAAGUUCAGGUAAAGUCAAUUCAUGAUAGCUGAUGAGGUAAUUGUAUAUAGGAUCUUUUGUUUGCUGAAGUCAUUUUAGCAUUUUGAUUGCAUAUGGUACACUUACAGAUCAUGCACUAAAGCUUUAUUGAUUUGAUACGCUAUCCUCUCUGCUAUAAUUGAUUAGUUGGGCCAAUUUAGGCGCAUAAAAAUGCUAGGUGGAUGAAAAAAGAAUUAUCCAAGGGGAAUGGAUAGAAGAACACAGAAUUACUUGAGGGAAAAGGUUAGUGUAGUCUGAAAGAUUCAGCCUAUUAUUCAAACUAAUAGAACACUAAUUUGCCGAAAAAUUAUUCAGAGAUUUGGUGUCAUGUUUCGACUCAACAUCCUCCAAACUGCAGUUUAUUGAAAGUAACUCCAAUACUCCGAUUAAUAAAUUAAAUAAAAAUCUGGUAAAAUCAAGGAUUCUUAUAAUCCACACUCACUCUAUGUUAAUUGAAUAGUUGAACAAAUAUAUUCCAUGAAACUGAAUUAUCAAAGAGUUUGGAAUAUUUUAUGGCGUCAUACUCUUUAUUCCUCCUUUUCCUUCCUUUGUUCCUUUUUUUGUCUCCUUCUAUUUCCAGUUUAUUUUCCACUCUGCAUAGUUGUCUCUCGUAACUGAGAUCAUGGUGAUAUGUUAGCUUUCGUUUGCCUUCAUUGAUUUUCUUUUGACUGUAAGUUGGGAAAAGUAUUGUGUAUUUUUUCUUUGCCUCGUUUUAUUUUUAGGUAAUUGACUUGAAGUGCACGUGAUAUGUAGCACGUUUUUUAUGUUGUUUUGAAAAUCGAAAUUAUCAAAUUUCUUUGUAGAGGAUCUUUGUCCUUGGUAGACAUUGUUUUAGUAUUGUUGGUAUAAAUUAUCUGUUUUAUUUUUUUAAUAUUUCCUGUUUUCAUUGCCAGUUUCUGAACUUAAUUGUCUUUAAAUUUUAAUUAUUUUUUUAAAACGUUUUUGGCGUUCAGGUUGAUCAUUUUUUUUUUCUGAACUUGGUGGCAUAAGUUUCACAUCAUAUUUUUUCUUUGAUAUCUCUGUAUUCUCUUCAAAACAGACAUAUUUGAAGCCUUGGUGUUGAAGUGACUUAUUAAAAUUUUGUUACUCAUAGGCAACACUCUCCCUUGCUAUUGAUGUUCUUCUGGCCGAGGAAAACGGCUUGGUUGACCUUCGCCAGGGAAUAGGUCGUCUUAUAAAUGCUAUUGUAGCUGUGAUUGGUCCUGAGCUUUCUCCUGGUAGUACCUUUUUCUCCCGUUGCAAGGUAUGUCAAUGUUAUUCUGAGUACUGAAGUUAAUAUUUCUGUGUUGAUUUCCCUUUUCUGUGACUUUUUGGUCAGACGGAUUUAUGUUUUUGGAGAAUUUUCAAGUCACACAACGUUUUUCUUUGUUCAGUCAGUUGUAGCAGAAACAAGCUCAGGACAGGAAACAUCUACCCUGCUUGAGUAAUCAUUUUCAGAACUUGAAUUUGUCCUAUUAUUUAAAUACUUUCGUGGAUAUAAAAAUGCUAUGCUAUAUCCUUGAAGCUUAUUUUCUUGUUUUCUAGCUCUUAUAUGAUUUUCGUUGUUGAUUUAAAGAUGACACAGAAUAAUUCUUAUGCAUUUAUUUUGCAGGUCAGUUAGAUUCACACAGCAGCUGGUUCUUUUCGCUCCCCAAGCUGUUUCCGUGCAUUCUCAUCUUCAAACUCUUCUUCCAAACCUCUCCUCCAGACAGGUAGCUUCUGGAAACAUUUAAUGAUUCAUAUCAGUACUUUGAUUUCAUAACAACCAGUUAACACUUCCGACACACAGCCAACACUUCGACAUCUUGCUGUCUCUACUCUGCGUCACCUGAUUGAAAAGGACUCGGUAAGAAAAUUAUCUACUUUUAUGGUAUUUUAUCAUUUUUACGAUUAUGCUAUUUGCUUUUGUAGCUGGCAUACAAAGACGAUGUUCUUUAUUUGCAUGUGUUUAUCUUCAUGUACGAAUCACUUUUUUCCAUAGUAUCAAUGAUUGAGACACAAUAGUCGCUCAUGACAUUAGACAUCUUUUCCUCAGGGGGCAGUCAUUGAAGAACGCAUUGAAGAAAAUCUGUUCAGAAUGCUUGAUGAGGAGACAGAUUCUGAGUAUUAAACAAACUCAAAUGCUGUUUAAAUUUGUCUGAUAUUCAUCACUUUCUCAAUCUAUAAUCAUUUUGUGAUAUUCUCUCUAAGGUCAUCAUUUCCUUGGUUUAGUUCUUUUGUUUUUUUGACAUUUAUUGAUGCCUUCUGUUGCUCCCACUCAUGUCAUCAGCAUAAGAAAUAUAAGAAGAUUGACCUUUCUUGUUUAAAAGAGUCUCUUUUGUUAAGUAGUGCCGAACUUGUAUUUAUGGUGCAUGUUGAGUAUUUCUUCGAGAUUCAAGGUUUAUCAAAUCAAGGACAAUUUUUGCCACCAUCAUCUCAGUGAGGUUGAGGCUUUGUGCUUGGAUUAAUCCCGUGUCUAUAGCUUAUUAUUUUGCCUGUGGUAGCACUUUUCCGUUGUUAUGCCCUAAAUAUUGACGCUUGGGGUUCGGUUAUUGCUUGUUUUGCUAGCUUCAUGGUUCAGACCUGAGAAAUCUAUGUUUUCGUCUUCUAAUGCCAAUCUUGAGGCUACCUUUAGCCGCCCUACAAUUAUGUCAGUGAACAGCACUGACAAUGCUCCUGUAUAGAUGAAGAUCAUUGCCACAAAUCUUCAACUGUUUCCCUUUUCUGUCCCUCAGUUCCUCUCUCUUUCCUUUAGAGGAAAAGUAGACAUCUGUCUCUGCUACUCACUUCCUGCCUUCGCCUGUUGUUUCUAAAUCUCCCUUCAUGUCAAUCACUGCUUCCUUUAACCGAGUUGCCUUCCUCCCCCAGUUAUUGUGUUGCAUAAAGUUCUCAUAGAUUUCAUGUAGUAGAGGCUCAUGUUCCGAAGGCUGAGAGAACGGUUUUGUCCAAUAUAUCGGAAUCCCUUAUUUGUUUCACUUUCUUUACAGUAAACUUUUGCAGGAAGUUAUACUGUCGCGUAUCUGUCAUCUAUGUUCUAAGAGAUUGAUCUCAUGUAUUAAGCCAGUUUGGGGGCAUUGCUUACUCAGUAAUCACCUUGUGGUAUUCAAUAUCCUCAUUUCUUGUCUUUAUUUAAAUAGUGAAGGUAGACUGGGGCCUGUGGAUCUGAUCCUAAAUAAAUUAAAAUCUGCAUAAUCUUGAUCAGUGCUCUUGGAUUGAUCUAAUUUCUAGGAAUUCUUCACCUCAGCUUAACAAGGUUCUUUAAAAGUUGACAUAAGGUGAAAAUAAAUGAUAUUGAUUUGACUUCUUCCACUUGGACUAUUACGAAUAGAAAUUUCUCUUUUACUGUAGUUUAAAUCAUCGACAAUUUUGAAUAUUUAUUUAAUCCCUCCCAUGAAAAUCUUAGCCGGUGAAGUAUUAAUAUCAGAUAGUAUCUGUAUACGAUAUAUUUUCGCUAAUUUUUUUUGCAUUAUGUCUACUGUUUAGGAUUGGAAACUUGGUGCGUGCCACGAUCAGUCGGUUGCUUUACAAGUCAUGCCCGUCUUGUCCAUCACGUUGGUUGGCAAUCUGUCGCAGCAUGGUCUCUCUCUCUCUCUCUCUCUCUCUCUCUCUCUCUGUGUCUCCCCCCUCUUUAUCUCUCUCGGAAGCUGUUUGUGUUAUAACAUCAAGUGUUUCUUGGAGUUGAUCAGUUCUUCUAAAUAUUUUACCUGACAACAUUUCAUGUUUCUUGGGAAAUGUAAUUGUUUGAUAUGUCUUCUCAUUGGUUUUCUGCAUCUUGACAAUGAUAAAAAUGGUUUAUUUGCAACUCAUGCGAUGUGUGAGCACUUUUUCUGUCCAAUUCUUUAGCAUUAGGCUCUUCUUCCUCAUUGCAGCUGAGUUCUUCCCGACAUGAAGUGCAUAGGAAUCAGGCAGAUUUGUUCCCCCAUCUUUGUCUUCGAGUAAGAGUUCCCAUCGAGGCAGCAAUCCAGUUGAUGUCAAUAUGUUUCAGCCGAAAUCAAUUGAUACCAGACGCUAUUGCAUUAGGUUCUAGGAUUCUGGCAGAACAUAAUACGACUCUUUCAAGAUAUCUCAAAUCUUUGUCUACUCUGAUCAAUGAAAAAGACUACUGCUGCUGUAUCCUGGCACAUCUCUUUUAGUAUCCUCCAUCCCUGUGACAACAUCCCUCUUGCUUCUAAAUAAGAAAAUGAUGGCAUGUGAUUGUGACCCUACAAAUUCAGCCAGAGUUCGUCUGGUCUCAAAAUAAGAAGCUGAUUACAUGGCUAUACCACCCUACGAUUUUAGCCACCUGCUGCCCCUUCCGUCCCAACCUUAAUAUGUUUCUUGUCUUCCAUACCUGGUGGCUGCAUCCUGGUGAAUAACGUCAGAUGAGAGGGUGGGGAGCCUUCUGUAUUGACUGAUAUGUUAGAGUUGAUAUUAAUUUCGUUUUUUUGCUUUUAAUUAAAUAUUUAAUAUUUAUAAAUCUAUGAUUCGUAGAAUUUCCUUUAUAUUAUUUUCAAAUGCUACGAUCAAACUCAAUUGUUAGGUUUACAGGAGUCAUACUCUUUAAAUCCUGGUUCCUCCUCAAUCUCCUAAGUAUGGCCAUAAUGAUCUCCAUAGUCUUAUUGACCCUGAGAAAGCAAAAGCUAGUCAAAGGAGGAAUCCAAAUAAGGAGGAGCCAACUUUGAGGUGGAAGGUUAAUAGUAUCUGAUUGUGAGAAGAAUAAAUCCCAUCGUGUUUUCUGGUUGUCUGGAAACCUUUCCCAUGCACGUUUAAACUUUUAAUCCCUUUGACUGUUGAAGACAUUGUAUCACAUACAACCAACAUGUGAAUCUGUACACAGUCCUAUUUGUCUGUAGUGUGUUAAUGUUUGCUUCAGUAUCUCCCUCUGUUUCUUUUAGGAUUGCUGCUCUGAAGAUAAGAAUAUGUCCCACUACAUUGCUGAUUUGGUUUGAUAUGGAAAAUAUGGUAUUCAUCAGAUUUCUGUUAUGUCGUCGGAGCCACAUCAUGUGUUAAUGCUAAAAACAUGAAAUUUAUUGUUCCUUUUUAUAAAGAGGGGCACUUCUUACAAUAAUCACGCUAGCACUGUAGUUGACUUACCAAUUGUCAUGGUAUGCUUAUUUCUCCACAUUCCUCUGAUCAUUAUUCAUCUUGGUGCUUUUAACAGUCAGCAGCAUGACAGUGUCACAAAGCCAAUAUCUGAUUCAAUAGCCCCAUCCUUGUUUUCUUCCGAGUAAAUUCAAACAAGAAAGAGUACACUAGUUUGUACUGAAUUGGCAGUCAAUCAUAGCCGUAAAAUGUUACAGUGGUCCUGAUAUUCAUUUUGCAUAAACUUUAAAAUCUUCGUGCCCAUUUUUUAAUUCCUUUUUGGUAACCUUUCCCUUUUGUUUUUAUUUUGUAUUCUAGGCUCCUUUGAGCAAUCAUGUCUGGAUGGAACCCUUUUACUAUUUUUCAGGCUGGAUCACUAAGUGGCCGUUCUAAAAUUUUCUGAUGCUCUUUCACGUAGUUCUUUUCCUUUUUCGGUAUCCACAUGUCAUCUAAGAGAUUUCUUUUGCGUAAUGCCCAAUUAUCAUAUCAAUAUUCAGACUGAGCGUUGAUUUCAGUUAGUAUUCGUGGACAUGAUCCACUUUUUUUCUAAUGUUUUUUAUGAUAUAUUUUCUUAUGAAGGUUGCGUCUUUUAUUUAAUUGUUGAAUAGAUGUCAUUUUGUUCUUCUCUUGAAAUGCUAGAAUGCAUUGUAAUAUCAUUAUGAGGUCUCUUCAAUUCUAUAAUGUUGAUAUUUGUGACUUGAAUUCAAUAUUUCGAUCAGUGGAUAUAAUAUGUUCUGUUGUAUUUCGCAAUUUGUUUUGUUGUUCCCAACAUAGUUCUGAUAUUCAUAAUUCUCUGUAGGCUCUUGCAAUCUCAAAUGGAGGCAAUGGUUCUGCAGAGCAUGGCAGAAUGGAAAUUGGUCCCUCAAAUGGAAAUGCUAGUUCUGAAGGCACUGCUGGAUUAUAUUAUGCUGAAGAUGAUGAGAACAUGAUUGCAAGUUCCACUGAAGCCCAGACGAAAGAUUCUAUUUCCUUUGGCAAUUCAUAUCUUAAAAAGGAUAAGCAUCUCAGAUACCGUACAAGACUUUUUGCAGCAGAGUAAGUGACUGUUCGUAAAUUGGAGAAUUCACUUAACACAUUUUACCGAUUUAAUUUUUUUCAAACCGUAAACCAUUAUCCUGUGACUAUUGGGAAAGAAAACCAUAGAUCCUUUUAUUUAGAUUCCGCGAUUUUUUACAUGUGGUAAGAAAAUAAAAAAUUGCUUUUUGGUAAUCCAAAAUAUUAGAAUUUAUUCGUUGUUCAUUUGAUUGUUUUGAAGAAUCAAUCGUAUAUUUUACAUUGCAUUUGAUUUUGGAAAUCCAGAUUGCGAAUUUCUGUAAAACAUUUCGCAAGAAUUAUAUCUCUCCUUCCAAUGACUCUUUUUCUGGAUUGCAUUUUUAUUUAUGUAUCAUAAUUUUUUUUAACUCACAGACGAUAUUUAGCUUGUCAGUCUUAUUUAAUAACCUUUUCUUUAUUUUUUAUUUAGUCUAUUCUUUGAUUCGGAAAGAAGCACUGAUUUCUCUUAAAUGAGCUUAACUAGAAGAACAAAAGAGCGGAAAGGGAGUUUUUGUAAACUUUAAAGGACGACUGACUCCUUUAUUUGACACAUAUUUCCCUGGAAAAUUUCAAGAUGUCAUUGGAUUAAUUGAUUUAAGCCAAUUUGAUCUGUCUCCGGAUUGUAACUGACAGAUCUGGGAUGCAAUCUGGUUCAAUCAGCCUCACUUUACACCACUGUUUGCCAUCUCAGAUUGCUCAUAGGAUCCAGCUUGGUUUUGGAACUUGUCACAUUGUGAUCUAGGUGGGUAUAACCUGCUAGAAUCCGAUAGUAUAAGGAUUAAGCCUCCACAUAUCAGUGGAGACUGGUGUCAUUCGGACUUGCUUUGAUAAUAAAACCCGCACGCCUUUGAAUUUCGUCGUGCUUUUUUGGUUAACCAUAGACAAUUUCUCUCUUUGGUUCCCUUGGGAAGAUCAUCAUCUAGACUAAUGAAGAACAUUAGCUUUGGCUGAAAGUUGCUUGUGUCCCUUGUGAACCCUUAUCGUACUUGAGAACAGGCAUGACGGGAAAUUUCGCCAUUUUGCCAAUGAACGACCUAAAACGAUCUCGAAUUCAUUCCCUUAUCUCAAAAAAAUUCUAUUUCCUUUUCAGCACUUGAAAAGAUCUCCUGAAAUGACGUUUUACAGUUGUACAGUAUUUGUUGUUCCCAAAACUACAAAGAUCUCUGAUUCCCCGUAUAUGUUCCAUGGAAAUGGGUUUCUCUUCCAAACUUGAACGAACUAUGACACUGUGGGGAAAAAAUGUGUGAUUAGGAGUUACUUCCUGAUGGUCAGUUUCCUAGUUGGGCAACUUUCUAGUUUGUUACUUUCCUGCUUGGUCAGUUUCAUUAACCUUAGUUUUCCUUUUUUCUUGUGUCCAGGGUAAUUGAAUGUACCCAGCAAGUUUUCUAUGAUUUGACUUGUAGAAGAGAUUUUUCUCGACUGUUUAUCAUUUUAUGAUUUAUGUCAGACACAGUGGGAGUCUUUCAAUCAGAGUGGGUGCAUAUUCACUAGUUCAUGUAUCUAGAAAUCACAACUCCCUGGGUUGCUACUGCUCAUUUGAAGCUGGAGGUUAAAGGAGUCAAAAGGACUAAAACUCUCACAGGAAAUCGUUUCAACCUUAUUAACUGUCAUUAUCCGCUUGUGGAUGUAAAAGAAGCCUUGAGUUAACGCUGUGAGGAUUAUCUUAUGCGAUGUUAAUGCUUGGUAACAGUAGCUUUCCUGCAAGCUAUUUGUUACUCUUGAUAACGGGAUGGCUUGUGCGAUUUUUUUGGCAGCUGAUUUCAAUUAUCCAGUGUCAUUCAAUUUUUUCUGAAGUUAUGUCUUGUAUAUGUAAUAUUUUUUGCACUAUUAAAGAACGUUUUAGGUGCUUCAUGCUCCAGCACAAGAUGACAUGAGUCCAGUCGAAAUUUUAGCUAUCAUGAAAGAAUCGUGCUCAUUGACGCCACUGCGUCUCAUUCUCUUUAACACCAUUAUUUUUAAAUUUAGACUAUUGUUUUUGUAGCCGUGGUCCUUUACCCAAGACUGUUAUCCAAUCUCAAGGUUUCAUCUAUUCUUAACGUAUAGGUGUUUGAGCUGUCUACCACUGGCUGUUGGAACAGAACCUGCCCACUUUGACCUUUCAUUAGCAAGAAGACGUGCAUCAUCCAGUGAUUGGCUAGUUUUGCACUUGCAAGAGCUGAUCUCACUAGCAUAUCAGGUUCAAUCAUGACAAUGAUACAGAGAAGCCGAACUCUUUUUUUUUUUUUCAUUUUUUGCCAUUUUCCAUCAUUCUCUGAAUUGUCUUCUUACGAUUGUCUGCUAAUAUUACUUUAAAAUGCUUUACAGAUCAGCACCAGUCAGUUCGAGGGUAUGCAACCCAUUGGUGUGAAACUUCUUCUUACUAUAAUGGACAAGGUAGAAACGGUCUCGUUUUACCUCUUCCAAUCAUAAAAUGUGAUAAACUAAAGUAAAUUUCUUAUGAUCUUUGAACUGGAAUGCUUCUAUUAAAAUAAUGGGUCUCAAGUAUAUGAACUUGUAAGAUCUUAUGCAUGAAGCAGGUCAUUGUCAGUGCCACAUGUCACAUGGUGGGUAUAUUGAAACCGGUGGUAAUGAGAUUAUAGAAAAUGUGUCAAGAGUUCUGAACCAAUAGCUAGCCAAUCUUCUACUUUCAAAUGAGGGGUUUGGCAAACUUGCAAGGAAAUGAGGCAUCCAAAAGUUUCAUGGAUAUAAUAAAUGUGCUAUCAGUGUAUAGUUAGAUAAAUAUCCAAGAAUUGUGUGGGAAAUGGCAUAAUUGAAAGUGGAUUUUUCUCCUAAAUAUCUUGGGAAAUUAGAUGAGUCAAAGACUAAGAAAUAAUAUGUUGUACGGCUGGCUGUCCUUAUAUAGUGCAUAGGGUUCUCCAGAAGUAGCCGUUUACACGUUUUAAUUUUUUGUAUCGUACUGGUCCAAAUUGCCCUUAACAGUUUGAGGGCAUCUUGAUCAUCUGGUCUAAAUGGUAUUUAGGUCCGAAUGUUAUUCUUUUUUUCUUGGAGCUCUAUGCUUUUUGAGUUUCUCCACCAGUACGUGUUUCUUCCCAAACUUUUAGCUUCGUGGAAGCUUUUGGAAUGGGGAUUUUAUGAACAAUGUUGAGGGGAAAAGUACGAAGAUGUGUGGGAUUUGUGAAAGUGGUGUAUGAGGUUUCCUUUGGUAUAGAUCCUCAACUCUGGUGCAUGUUAACAGUUUAUUGGACCCAUUUCUUAGUAUGAUCUGAUGCAAAGUAAUAAAUCAGUUGUCCUUCGCCAAAGGUAUGCUACUUGGCAGUGUAUGGAUAUUUCACUAUUUGCAUCAAUAGCUCACAAUGUGUUGGGGUGUACAGAGAAUGCAUGGUGCAAAGGUAUUUUCACAGCAGGAGCAUUGAGUGCUAAAUAGAGUCAUCAGAAGAUGAAAUGUUUUAUAAAUUGAAACAGAUGGCCAUGCUGACCAGUUCAAAGAGACUUGGGAAACACAGGUCAGCUAGGGAGCAGCUAGGGAGCUUUAUGUGGGGAGUCUGAAAAGUGAGGAUCAGAAAGGAAUAGUACUUUCCCGUCCUUUCUUAUCUUUGCUAUCGAGUUGCAGUGAUAACCUCGUUAUAUUAACUGAUUAAAUGAUGUUUUAGGUAUACAGUCAUUUGUAUAUGCUAUUUUCUGAUCGGCUUAACUUGUUGAGGCUAACAUUGGCAUUUUUCUCACCUUUUUGAUACCUAACAGAGUUGAUUAAUGUUUAUUUCGCUUUGGGUAAUAUUUGAUGUUUGGUUAAUGUGAACAAAAAAAAUGAACCAACAGAGUUGUUUAAUGUUUAUAAGAGGUCUAUGCACUUCCAUUUUUUGUUCACAUAACCUAUUCAACUAUUGCUUCUCUUCUUCGUUCUUUGCAUUUAAUGGGGUCUUCUCUCUCUCUCUUUCUCGCUCUCUCUCUCCUCUGUCUCCCCCCCUCUUAUGUUAGUUUUAACUCUCUCACUUCGUUCUUUCAGUUUGACAAUAUUCCAGAUCCUGAGCUUCCUGGGCAAUUUCUUGUCGAACAGUACCAGGUUAGUUUUCCUUGAAUUCGUACUUCAGCGACUCUACUCUCUAGUCGAUUUCGUGUCAUUCACUUUUAGUUGUUCGUAUCCAUUUGACGAUGUAGUGCCUCAAGCUCUUGAGCAAAUUCUUCAGCUAAAAUUCGUUUGUCUUUGGUACGUUCCAUAAGCUUGUAACAUUGGAAUGCAGGUUCAGUUUGUUUCUGCUGUCCGAUCUGCUAUAAGCAUUUCUUCUGACCCUUCUCUCUUGGAGGCAGGCCUCCAACUAGCUACGAAGGUCUGGACUGUUCUAAAGAAAAAAAAAUGUUCCUGCUGUUGCCAACAUAUAUUGAGUUCGAUGCAUCCCUUUUUGUGAAUUUCAGAUUUUGACAAGUAGCAUGUUGGGUGGUGAUCAAGUUUCUCUACAGCGCAUGUUUUCAUUAAUUUCACGCCCUCUUGAUUACUUCGAUGACCUGUAUUAUCCUUCCUUCGCGGAAUGGGUUGCAUGCGAGGUAAAACUACAAGAAUCUUUUAGGUGUUUGGCUGUUGGUUUCCUAUCUGUCAUCCUCCCUUCUGUAUAGAAUCUCUUUCAAGUAGUAAAUGUCAGUUAUAUUUUUAACUCAUAAAACGUUUCACUAAUUUCCUUUUUGGUUGAUAGAUCAAGAUAAGACUUUUGAUGGCUCAUGCUUCAAUAAAAUGCUAUGUAUAUACACUUCUGAGGGAAAGAAAAAGUGUUCCUGGAGAAUACCUGCAGUUGAUACCCCUGUUUUCAGAUACCUCGUCAAAAUUGGGAAAGUACUGGAUGAGUCUCCUGAAGGAUUAUAGUUAUAUUUCUCUUGGUUUGAAGUCAAAAUUUACAGUAAGUUGCACGGUCAGAAUAUAGCAUAAGUUUCAUGUGCACUCUUGUACUUGAAUCAUCUUUUUUUUUUUUGGGCAGCAUAAAUCGUUCUUGGAUGGAAUACAGUCGCCACUUGUUUCAUCCAGAGUAAAAAAUUGUCUUGAUGAAAUCUGGCCAAUCAUUCUGCAAGCAGUUGCUCUCGAUGCAGUUCCUGUAAAGUCUGAGGUGGACAAAUCCUCUGAGCACAUAACUAAUGAUUUGGCCAAGCAAACGUCUUUGUCUGGACAUAUCAUGGUCAACUUGGAAUUAAGGGAAUUUGAUCAUAUGUGGGGAUUGGCACAGCUUAUUCUGUUUCAAUUGCAGCAACCUGUGCUUGGCUCAAGAGAAACUGUUCUACUUGGCAAAAGUGAACAAGUGCUUGAAAAGAUGAAGCUCUUUGAAAUUUCCUUGAUAACAUUACAAUUUCUAUCUUCAGAAACAUUUUUUAACGCAGAGUUCCUUACAGUGGACCUUUUGAAAGAGCUUCUUCAGGUAAAUCCGUACUUUCUCUUUCUUUUGUUGAUGGAUUUCUAUAUUUCGCCAAACUCAUCUCUUUACUAUAAAACCUAAUUUUCUCUAUCAGCUAGAUCCAUUGAUUUUUGGUACCUUCAAAUGUUUAAAAUUCAAAGACCACGUCAUUUGAUUGUUUCGAUCCAAAUUUGGUUUUUAUUUGGUAUCUAUUCAAUUUGGAUAAGUUAUCUGAGUCUUACAAUGAUAAUGUGGAAGUGGAUGAUUUUUUAACGUGAUUUUUCUCGCCAGAAAACUUGAUUUUUCAACUAAUUAGAUUGCCAAUCUGAUUUUUUUUCUUUGCCUGUUUUCUUGUAGCGGCAUCCCAAACGCAUGUUUUGUAUCAAUUAUUAUGUCAUCACCCUGUUGCCGGGGGGUCAUAAUUGUAAUUUAUACAUUUUUACAGAUAAUGGAUAUGUUACAAGCAUUCGUGAACAAAGAUUGAGGUUUCUAGACUGAAGACACUGAUUUUGGUCUCAGUUGAUAUGAGGAAGUGACUGAUUAUGAAUCAACCAUUCUUAGUUUCCUAGUAUUGGAACGUAAACAGAUGAGGAUCUAGGAGUGAAAGGCACCAUAAAGCCAAUUCUUGAAAGAAGUUUGGAAGGAUAGAAGCAAGUUGUGGUGAUAUUCAUCUUCAAAAAAGAAUUUCUGGCAGAUUUCAACCUUUGAAAACAUAAUUCAUAAAAAAUUAUACGAUUUAGUAAUUACAAGUACAGUUCUCCCAAUUCAUGCCUGGCAGACAAUGGCUUCACGUAGUUAAUUUCUUCUCUAUUACGUUCACAUGGAGUUUUCAGAUUUUUCUGUACGCAAAAUUACCAUGAUAAGAACAGUGUAGCACAUAGGUUAGAGAGCUUAGCUAUCAAGAAUUUCGUUCCCCCAAUGAGAUAAUUUACUAUUAUCCCCAGUACAAGAAAGGUGCUUGACAAAGCCUGCUUUAGGUUGCAUAUAUUCACAAGAGAGUAUUGUACUACGUAGCAUCUCCAUUUGUUGGUCAUAAUCUCUUCGCUCAAGGACAGUUUUUACUUGAUUUUUUCUCAUCCGUGAUAAAGAUAUUUCACAUGGAUGCAGGUACUUUUGCUCAGUGACAACAUGGCAGAACAAUGGAACAAAGCUUCCAUACCCCUGUUCUCAAAGGUAAAUACAACGAAUUCUUUAAAAGCGUUUGCUCCCAAAUUUGAUACUCAUCAGUCUGAAUACAUCUUGCACGAUGACGAUUAUUCAGGCAUUACUAGACCAUAAAUCUGAUGUAUAUUUUUCUGAACAGAUUCUGCAGUUCUGCCCCGGUUCUUUUUUUGAUGACGAAGACUUCAUCUCAUUAGCGACAGAAUUAUGCAUCAAAUAUCUCUGUAGAACAUGUCUGAGGUAGUUAUUCUCUCAGUGAAUAUUAACCACCCAGAUGGGCGGCAUUCUGUUCAAUUUAUGUUAUCUUGGGUGUUAUCGUUCUUUCCUUAAUGAUUGUGAUUGCGGCUGAGAAAUUUCCCAAUGAAAUGUCGUCAUGAUUCCAUUUUACUAAUUAUUCAUCUGAAAAUAGUGUCGAUUCAGUUUCACAAGACCAAACUAUCCUGGGAAGUAUGAUUUCUGAAGCUCUCUGUGCAACUGAGAGACUUCUAUCUCAGACCAGUUUUAAGGUAAGAGGCUAAUGAAGUGGUCUUUAAUGUAUCAUACAUUUUAAUUUUCCAACCUGUUAGUAAGGCAAAACUUAUUCAGUAUUCCAAUUAAUGUAAUUCUCUGGGUGUACUCACAUUGAUUGGUGACAGAAACACCAGAAGCUGAAGCUCGCCUUGCUGUCCACAUGCUACAAAUGUGUCGCAAGAACAUCAACUGACUCAUAUCUGUCAAAAUUAAUCGUUUUUAUGAGGAGGAUUCCAACUUUAUUCAGCAAACAGUUUGAAGGUUAAUAUUUCUUAACAAUCGGUCAUGUUUCCGAUCAUUACCAUAAUUGCUAAUAUUAUUGCGUUUAAGUGUGGAGAAUCAUUUAGCCCUUGAUUUUAAUAUACCCAAGCUGAUCCACAUUUACUUGCAUUCAUAAGAUACUGCAUUAGUCAAUUUUAUAUUUUACAUUUACUAGUCUACACCACCGCAAGUUUUUUUUUUUUUUUUUUUUUUUUUGUCUAUUGAAUAUGAGUCUCUCCUCAAGUGCAAGCCCUCUUGUAAGCUUUGCCACGUGGACAAUAUAAACAGGGUGUGCAGCUCGGUCAACGUCAGUCCUAAAACUACUCUAAAGCUUUUGUGCCCUCUAACCAGAAGUCAAUUCCCAGAUAAGUAGAGUAGGCUCAUCUACAUCACAUUAGGCUAAUGCGGUAAACAUUAAGGGAUUAUUCUGACAUUCUAUGCUGUCAUUUAUGGAAAUUUGGAUAUUCCAUCCUCUUCUCUGAAUAGAACUUGCCAGAAUUCCCAUCAACAACACUCAGCUAGGGACACAUUAUCUUCAGGUGAUGCUCCAAACGAUGACGAUGCCUGUAAAAUAUUUCAUGUCUGGGCCACAAUGGUUUCUGAUCUGUACGAGAAUUGCAACAAGAAGCUACACAUGCUGGACAAGCAGGCCAGCGAUCCGUGGAAGCUGCUGGCGAAGAAGCUUUCUUUCUGCCUGGAAGACGCCAUAGCUGUGACCAGACUGGCUCACGAGACAGCAUGGGCCAGUGGAAAAGAGGAGAUUAAGGAGGGCAUUCUCUUCUCCCUAUAUAACCGGUGCAUUAAAUGCAUUAAGAUGGCCCUUAGUGACGAUAAUGUGAAGGUAUCUCUCCAGAAAUUGCCCAUAUUAUUUCUUUUCUGCUAAAAAUUAGUUUUUUUCCAAAGAAUUUAAUUUCUUCUGCCCAUGAACAGGUUCAGGCAAUCAGCCUUCUUGUCCUGAAAAAUGUCGUCCAGAAGGUGCAUACCGAAGGCUCAGACGCAAAGGCCCGUAGUUUCCUUCUGUUCUUCACUGGGGAGCUCUUAGAGGAGAUUUUCUUUCUUAUUCAGGAAACCUUGAAGGUAUUAACAUGAGGUCCAAGUUUCUCGCCGCUCCAGUACUACCCAUCCCGGAUCACAUAUAUGACCAGUUCUUCUGCUUGAUCACAGAAAAGCUCGAGGAAGGAAUCUAUGGUUGUAUGUGAAGAAUGCUUGAGAUUCCUGUUCCUAUUUCACACCCUCGCUCAAGGGAAUGAAUGCUCACAGUUUUCAAUGGGUCUGCUCUUGGAAGCCAUAAUCAUGGUCUUCUCUGCAUCCUCUGAUAUCCAUUUCGAGGUAAUCUACAUUCAUGAAAGAUAAUUCCAAGUUGAUUAUUAUAGAAAUAAACCAUAUAAUGCCCUGAUAAUAAUAAUAAUAAUAAUAAUAAUAACAAUAUUGACCGCUCUAAUACCAUAGUUUGCUAUAUACUAUUUACAGGAAGUCAAGGAAAUCAAGACUACCGCAAUGAAGCUGGUUUCUCAUCUAAUUCAGGCUCCUUCAACUGCAGCACAGAUCAGAGAUGUUCUCUUAUCAUUGCCCACAGCUCACAGGCAACUACUUCAGGUGCUACUCUUCUGAUGACUAUCAGAUUUUUUUGAUUUUUCAAAGGUUAAUUAGAGGGGAGGAGGGGAAGAUAUUAAUUCCAUCCUAUAUUAUUUUCAGGAUAUCAUCCGUUCUUCCAUUUCGCAAGAUCAGAAUCCAUCACAUGUCAACCCCAGCAGCCCGUCCCUCGCUAUCAGACCGCCAGUUCAGUCGGACGCCACCGUCAGACAGAUUCCUCUGCUACUUGCUCCAGUUCCUGCUCCCUCUCGUACUCAUCCAGAACCCCCAAAAGAGGAAAUUCUCAGUGAUGGUAGAGCGGAUGAUGAUGAUGAUGAUGAUUGGGACACCUUUCAAUCCUUGCCUGCAACUGAUGGCAGAGAUGAAGUAAUCAGUCCACUCACCCCAUCACCUGUGUUAGAGAGAGAGCUUCAAUCAUCUGAAGGGCAAGCUAGAGGAGAAGCCUCAGAUGAAUCGAAAGAUGAGAAAGAUCUUGUGUCUCCUGUCCCUCCCAUGGAGGAUGAAGAUGCUGGAGACUCAGGUGAGAGCAAAGCCAAGCUUGAAGACACUGGAGAUCCUCCCCCUGAAAGCCCUGCAGAAGGUGAGGGGAAGAGGGAGAAAGAUGAAGGAGAUGAUCCGGUGUAA